GUUCCCUGUGAGAAUGAGGCAGGCCUUCAGAACCAACGUUAAGAACAUAACUCCGCUUGCUACUCUGCUACUCUGCUUCCUAGAAAGUUCUCGCCCCUGACUCCAGGAGUCAUACACGUAGAACUUCACUAGGAGACCCAGAGGUAAAAUCUCCUUCUGAGAGCAAACAAAAGGAUUUGGGGAUUCUGGGGACUCCUGCUACAGUGUACCCAGUCGUCAAGAGUAGUAGAUAAUAUCCCAGGAAGAAUAAUAUAAGCCUGCUCCAGGCAGACCUUUCUAGUUUAACAGAGACUGUAUCCAACUUGGUCCAGUGUUAAAAGACAUCGCGGGGAAACGGUAAUCCCAGAGAGAACUAGUUGUGCCAAGCACUGCAAAGCAAGAAUAGAUCCACCUUAAUUUGCUGGGAAGUCAGAGUAAUAACUGCUUGGAACUUUAAGAAACCAAUCAUGAACGGUAGUUAUAGACUGAGGUAGAUAUCCAGGUCUCGAGUUCUAUCAGAAGAAAGUAUUUGUGUCAGACUGGCACAGUUAAUUUUAAAUUUUAACUUCAGCCUUAUCAUCAGUACACACACACACACACACACACACACACACACACACACACACACACACACACCACUUCUUUGCCCUUGGGGUAAAGAGAAACUUGAGUGUUUAUCUAAAGAUAAAAUUUACCUUUCUUCUUUUUAACCACUCUUUUUCUUUUGUUUUGCUUUAAUAGGCUUAAUGUGUUUUUAUAUAUUGUCGAUUGUGGAUGUGUGUGCUGUUUGAAAUAAGAGAGGUGCCAUUCUUUGUAUUCUGAGCGAGGUAGAAAGCGAACUGUGGGCCAGAAAGAUAAUAUCAAAUAGGACAUUGUAAACAUACCUCAAGGAGAUAACAGGGUAACAGGGAAGCAAGCAAACAGGCCAAUCAGGGGAAGCAGGGGGUUAAAAGCAAGCUCUACAACGAAGCAGAUUUAAGAAAGAAGGGGGGGGGGGCAAAACCCUCUUUCCAAGUCCUUCAGCCCAAGCUGCAGCCAAAUAUUUGCAUAAAGAGCUGGUAAAGGCCUCCAGCUUCCUGGUUCAUGACAUUACAGCAUGGAUCGUUUUCAAAAUUAACACACCUCCUGUUUGGUGGCUGGCUGUGCAGUGCUCGCAAUACUCAGGACUGAGUCUACCCCUGCAACCCAAGAGAGUUGACAGGCAGCAGCAGUAUCCACCUUCCAGACACCACCAUGCCAUCGCCUGCAGGACUGUACUUUGAGCCUGAACCAACGUCUUCCACACCCAGUUAUUUUCAGGCCCGAGAGUUUUCCACCUGUGUCUCUUGUGAAGAAAACCCUAGCUGCCUGGACCAGAUCUUCGAGUCCUACCUUCAGACUGACACACCCCCGGAGCCCUUGCUCAACUCUGCACAAAUCGCUCCCCACUAUUUCCCAGAGAGCUGUCCAGUGGCCUCUUUCUGCCAUAACCUGAUGCCAGGCUCGCCUUCGGAUUCCUCCAGUCUCUCUGGCUCCUAUGACUGCAGCUACUCACCAGCUCAGCUGCCUGCUUAUACUCCAGAAAAUUACACGUUUCCACCUUCUCUGGAUUCCCUAUACUCCAGCCUCCCAGAAGAAGGCUACUUCUGCCAGCAUUGGCCUUCUCACCCCCAGUACAACCACUCCUCCCCUACCACCCCCUCCUCGGUCUGCUACUACGCAUCCUGUGAAGCAGAACAUUUGGAUGCCCUCAGGACCACAGAGCUCUUCUCCUACCCCGGCAUGGACUGUAUGGACUUUGCCCCUUCAGCGGCCACCACUGGCGAUUUCUAUAAGAGGGAAACAAGCUGCGAUGCCUGCUAUAGUUAGUAGGAACCACACUGGAAUGUGUCAUGGGGGUUUCUGUUUCUAGAUGACAGUUCAACGCAUUCACAAACUACCCCACAUAUGGUUUACAUUUCACCAUUUUCAAUCACCCUGUAGCUAGUGUGGGAAUUGACACAAUGCCCUCAAGCCUGGUCUCAUGACAGUCUUAUUUUAUAUACUCACUGUUAAAUUUUUUUGUAUGGAUUGUUUUUUUCCCAGUGCCUUCCUUCUUAGUAUAAAGAACAAACUUUUUUGUAAACGAAUAAAUAACUUUGUAUAAUA